CACUCUCUGCUACUCCUUUUAACAUUAAUCAUGCAACCCCAUUGUCUAUCAUGUGUUGCAUUUGACCAGCCGUUACAUAUUUUCUUCUUCUUUUUUCCCCUUAAAUCUCUCCCUCCAUAUUCUCUGCAGUACUUGCAUUGCACAUUUUGUCUAUCGUGAGUUAUUUUGUGGAUUAGAAGAGAUAUUAAUGUCUACUACAAGGGAAGGGAACCAGAAAAAGAAAGGAACUGCAAAGGCCAAGGCAGUUUCUUGGCAAGAGAAGAAAAGCCUUGCAGAUAAGGAGGAAGAAGUCCUGCAGAAAGAAAUAGAAGAUCUUGGAAUAUGGGCUGAAAUGAUGGAUUCCAUGAAUGAUGAGCAGAAAAAGGAGUAUCUAUAUAACAGACCCCACGAACUAAAGACUGUGAAGAUCCAAAAAGGCAAACCAAGGCAAAGAGUCCAAAGAGGUGAGAAAUCUAAACCUUCUACUUCUAAUGGCAUUUUGGCUUCGGUAUGGAAGUUCCACAAGGAAGAUGAUGAUGAAUUCAAAAGUGGGUCUAAUGUCUAAAUAUUAAAGUAGUAGUGCUCUAUUGAUUUGGCAUGGUAUUGUAGCAUGUAAGUAGCUUUAUCAAAAGCCAGAUCCCCUCUUACAAAUGCCGAACCUAUCAUUGAAUUAGUUGUGGCAUUCCUUUUCAUUGUGUUGUCUAAACUAGUUUUCGAUCUAAAGCCAAAGAGGAGUAGCACUGUAAUGUAAACUUCUAGCAUUUUUCCAGAAGAUGUAAAGGAGAGGUAGAGAGAGCAUUUGGUAGGCACU